GCGUUUGCUUCCUCGUUUCUACGUCGCUGGUCAACGGCCCCGUCCGCUUCCCUUCUUCCAAACCUCUCCCUUUCUAGUUUCUAUCCCUCUCCCUCUCUAUAUAUCUUUCUUUCUUUCUUUCUCUUUUUCAUUGUCUCCCAUUAUUCUCUUGCCUUCUAUAUUCAUCUUCAUCUUCUUCUUAUCCUCUGCGGACCUGCUCUUCCAUUUCCGCCGCCUUCCACUGUGCUUUGUUUUCCCUUUUUUUCGUCGGGGUUCUGUGGUUACUUUCUUUAAGACAAAGAGGUUAGGCCCUGGUUUGGUAUAUUGUAAUGACGUGUUUUUGUCACAUUUUCAAAAGGGGCAAGAAACGGAGGAAUCAAUUUGUUCAAGGUGAUGAAGUUGCAGAUAUUUCUGGCAUCGAAAACACAAGAAUUUAUACAUAUAAUGAACUGAGUAUUGCCACUGAAGAUUUCAGUCCUCGCAACAAGAUUGGUGAGGGUGGUUUUGGUUCUGUCUAUAUGGGAAAGCUCGCUGAUGGGAACAAAGUUGCUAUAAAAGUGCUAUCCUCUGAGUCAAGGCAAGGAGUGAAAGAGUUCUUAACUGAGCUGACUGUGAUAUCUAGUAUAGUGCAUGAUAACCUUGUCAAGUUGUAUGGUUGCUGCGUCGAAGCCAAUAACAGAAUUCUGGUUUAUGGUUAUCUUGAGAACAAUAGCCUUGCACAAACUCUUCUUGGUAAGAAUGCAAGUAAUAUUCAGUUCAGCUGGAAGACGCGAGCUAAGAUCAGUAUUGGUGUUGCUCGUGGGCUUGCAUUUCUUCAUGAAGAGGCAGAGCCACAUAUUGUUCAUCGGGACAUCAAAGCAAGCAAUAUUCUACUUGAUAAGGAUCUUACUCCCAAAAUCUCAGAUUUUGGUUUGGCAAAGCUUGUCCCAGCCAAUGUGACCCAUGUUAGCACACGAGUUGCAGGAACAAUGGGAUACUUGGCACCUGAGUAUGCAGUCCGUGGGCAGGUAACAUGGAAGUCAGAUGUGUACAGCUUCGGUGUUCUUCUUUUAGAAAUAGUUAGUGGCAGAUGCAAUACAAAUACAAGGUUACCAUUUGCGGAAAGAUUUCUUCUCGACAGGGUGUGGUCCUUGUAUGAGGUUUGUGAGUUAAGAGAAAUUGUUGAUAUGUCUAUAACUGAUGAUAUGGAAAUUGAAGAAGCAUGCAAAUUCUUGAAAGUUGGUCUACUUUGCACACAAGAUGUAUCCAAUCUCCGGCCAACCAUGUCAACAGUAGUCCACAUGCUAACCGGCGAGAAGGACGUCGACAUUCAGAAAAUCACCAAACCAGGUCUAAUUUCCGACUUGAUGAACUUCAGAAACCCAAAAAAGACCGAUGAGACAAACACAUCCUCAUCAUCUGAAAUGGCAACUUUUCCGGCAAUGUCAUCAGAAACCACCACCUACAUAUCCUUCACCUUCACCGCAAUCAGUGAACGAGACUGAGUUUGUUAUCAAUUGAGGUGUAUUUUUUUUUUGGGAAAUUUAAUUCUAUUAUUCUGUGUAGUUUUAUUUGUAUAAAAACAAAUUGGAAUUCCUUUUUAAUUAGAAUGUUCCAAAUGAAACAACAA